GGGCUUUUGAAAAUAAUAAAAAAAUCCCUUGAUCAUAUCAUAUUAAAACAAUCAAAAGCGGUUUUCUUUUUUUCUAACUGUUGAAAAUGGCAACAUAUUCACUGAAAUUUCAUCGCUGAACAUUGUGAAUAAACAACACUUAUUUAUUGAUUGAUUUCUAGUCAUGGAUAGUAAUCUCACUUAUGCUGAUCCCUUUAGAAAUGAUUCCUUGAUCCCGCUAAUACACUAUUCUAUGUCGUAUAAAAUUGUUGGUACAAUUUCGUUAGGAAUUAUUCUCACUGUCGGUCUCAUUGGAAAUAUUCUUGUCAUGCUCGUGUUGACACUGUCGCCUAAGCUGCAUACACCGACCAACUAUUAUUUAGUUUCAUUGUCAGCCAGUGAUCUACUCGUCCUGAUGACAAGUACAACUCUGAUGUUACAAGAAUUCUAUCAACCGUAUAAUCAUUGGACAUUAGGUGAAUUUGCAUGUCAGUUGAGUGUAUGCUUACAAUAUUUAAGUGUAGAUGCUUCAGCCUUAUCGAUCUGUGCAUUCUCUGUGGAACGAUGGGUUGGUAUAUGCUAUCCAAUGCGUGCACAAUAUAUGUGUACUAUUAAAAGAGCAAUAAAAAUAAUCGCUGGGAUAUGGAUAUUCACACUGAUUUAUAAUAUACCCUGGAUAUUUAUGAGCGCUACAGUUGAACAAUACUCAGAGUAUGGUACAUUUGAAAAGUGUACAUUUGCAUUUAAACGAACCGCCUACAAGGCUAUUUAUAUGUGUGAUUUAAUUCUAUUUUAUAUUAUCCCAUUAUUGAUUACUUCUGUGAUGUACUGUCAGAUUAGUUGGCGUCUAUUUCGUACAGAUGAUAUAAAAGGCAUAUCUUCGAUAGUUGGACGACAACAGAUAAACUUGAAUAGACGACCGCUACCAUCGGAGAAUUCAGAACAUGCUUAUGCUACUACUAUUAUGAUUGAGUCACAACAGAACUUGAAAAUAUGCAAAGUGAUUACUAGAGUCAGAGCCAGAAGGCAGGUCGUGAAACUUCUAAUGACGAUUGUUGUCUUAUUCGCCUCCUUUUGGCUGCCGUAUCGUUCCAUGGUUGUGUAUAACAGUUUCUCACUGCACGGAUAUCAUGAUUUAUGGUUCCGCAUGUUCUCAAGGAUUAUGGCCUAUUUGAAUUCAGCUGUCAAUCCGAUAUUAUACAAUGCAAUGUCACGUAAAUUUCGUCGGGCGUUAAAACGCCUGCUGAAGUGUCAGAAAGUUAUCUAAUAUUCUACGCAGAUAUUUAUAUAUAUAUCUUUAUGUAUAUUUUCUUCCAAUAAAUGUGUU